AAAUCACCGGAAGUGGGUGUGCUGCCCUGGUAGCUGGUUAUAAUAAGAGCUCGUCUGUAGCUUUGUGGCUAGGUUGCAGGUUGUUUUCUUGAUAGCCGCCCGGGCUUCGCUGUCGUCGCCACUGCAAAAUCGGUCAUUACAGCGGCACGCCAGACGGGCUGUAAACUACAGAUGGACCAGCAGGACCAGUCCUAUAUGUUUGCAAGUCUGACACGGCCUCACUCAGAGGAGCUGCUGCAAGGCCUCCAGCUCUUGCGGCAGGAUCACGAACUAUGUGACAUUGUGCUGCGUGUGGGUGAUGCCAAGAUCCAUGCCCACAAAGUAGUGCUGGCCAGCAUCAGUCCUUAUUUCAAGGCCAUGUUUACGGGUAACCUGUCAGAAAAGGAGACCUCUGAGGUGGAGUUCCAGUGCAUUGAUGAAGCUGCCUUGCAGGCUAUAGUGGAGUAUGCUUAUACCGGGACGGUGUUUAUCUCCCAGGAGACAGUGGAAUCUUUGCUACCCGCUGCCAACUUACUCCAGGUUAAGCUUGUACUUAAGGAGUGUUGUUCCUUCUUAGAGAGCCAGCUGGACGCUGGAAACUGUAUAGGCAUUUCCCGCUUUGCAGAGACUUACGGCUGUCAUGACCUGUGCUUGGCCGCAACGAAGUUCAUCUGUGAGAACUUUGAGGAAGUCUGUCAAACGGAGGAGUUUUUUGAACUGACGAGAGCCGAGUUGGAUGAAAUUGUGUCCAAUGAUUGCCUUAAGGUAGUCACAGAGGAGACUGUAUUUUAUGCCCUCGAAUCAUGGAUCAAAUAUGAUGUAACUGAGAGACAGCAGCAUCUGGCUCAACUGCUGCACUGUGUUCGCUUUCCGCUGCUCAGCGUCAAAUUCCUCACUCGCCUAUAUGAAGCCAACCAUCUUAUACGAGAUGACCACGCCUGCAAGCAUCUGCUCAAUGAGGCCCUCAAAUAUCACUUUAUGCCUGAACACCGGCUGUCCUAUCAGACUGUGUUGUCUGCACGACCCAGGUGUGCCCCAAAGGUGCUGCUUGCAGUAGGAGGCAAGGCUGGACUGUUUGCCACAUUGGAAAGCACGGAAAUGUAUUUCCCUCAGACGGAUUCAUGGAUAGGACUGGCCCCUCUCAGUGUACCCAGAUAUGAAUUUGGAGUGGCGGUGCUGGACCACAAAGUUUAUGUUGUGGGAGGCAUCGCCACACAUAUGAGGCAGGGCAUUAGCUAUCGGAGGCACGAGAGCACAGUCGAAAGCUGGGACCCCGAAACCAACACGUGGUCUUCAGUGGAGCGUAUGGCAGAGUGUUGCAGCACUCUCGGUGUAGUGGUCCUGGCCGGAGAGCUGUAUGCCCUGGGAGGCUAUGACGGCCAGUAUUACCUCCAGUCUGUGGAGAAGUAUGUCUCGAAGCUGAAGGAGUGGCAGCCUGUGGCACCCAUGACGAAGUCUCGCAGCUGCUUUGCCGUGGAGCGGUAUGACCCUAGCAAGGAUGCCUGGGAAAUGGUAGCCCCCAUGGCAGAUAAGAGGAUCAACUUCGGAGUAGGUGUGAUGCUUGGAUUUAUAUUUGUGGUGGGUGGACACAACGGAGUGUCGCACCUGUCCAGCAUCGAGCGGUACGAUCCACAUCAAAACCAGUGGACGGCGUGCCGACCAAUGAACGAACCCAGAACUGGUGUGGGCUCUGCCAUUGUGGACAACUACCUCUAUGUGGUAGGAGGUCACUCCGGGUCAUCCUACCUGAACACUGUUCAGCGUUAUGAUCCCAUCUCAGAUAGCUGGUUGGACUCCAGUGGCAUGAUGUACUGCCGUUGUAACUUUGGUCUGACUGCCCUUUGACCCAUGGCCCAGCCAGCUAGGACCCAAUAAAUUACCUUAGACACAAAGAAGACUUUCUCUCUUUUUAUUAUUUUAUUUUUUUGGCUCUCCUCCUCCUUCCCCACAUUCAUCCUCCAGGUGCAGAUGAGCUUGCCUGCACAUUUUCAUUAACAUCAGAGAGCAUUUCUGGGUGGAUGGGUGUACCGGGCUAGCUGGCUGGCUAGAAGGGGGACUGCAGUCCAUGCUGCAGGGAUGAGGAAGAGCUGGAAGGUUCUGGAGAUGACGGAGGAAGGUGGAUGGUGUUUGGAUGACUGUCACUGGAAAACUGAGAUGAACGCUCUAUUGCUGCUGGACCACAAUGAGGACUUCGAGCUAUGUCUCAGAGGAUUGUGGAAUCUGCUUAUUUACGUUACAAAAUUCUUCGUCAAGUUUGCAGACAGUGUUAUGUUGUGCUUCACGUCCUUAAUUGUGUUAAACUUUUUUUGUUUUGUUUAGGAAUUUUUCUGCUGCAACCAGAGCUGUGUGUUCAAAUUUCCUAGAACACUGCAGUUUGCUUGUGCAUUUGAUGACUAUGUGGUUAUUGGCCAUAUAGUGUGUAUGUCUGUGUGUAUGGUCCAGGGGGUAUGUGCAUGUCAGAUAGAACUUUUGUUUUAUCACAUGUCUGCGUGCAGAACUGAUGCUUGGGCUCAGCAACGCAGGAUAAUUCUGCAUCCACAUCAGUGCUUGACAAAAAAUAGAAAAGUUGGAAUAUUUAUAUUUUCUCAAAAAGGGCUGCCUUUCUCUUGUAAAUGGUCUAAAUGAAAUAUAUAGAUAUAAAUAUAUCCUCUAGUGCAUUGCCUGUAAAUGUUCUUCUGCACUGGCUCACUAAUGUGUGUACAGUUUGAUUCCCACAGCCACUGUAGAGGUGAAUUCUCCUUAAAGUGUUCACCACUAGUCUCUGCUUCAUCCUCUGAGCCAUUUAAAAACUCAAAACAAAAAAGUUAAAAAAAAAAAAAAAAAGGGUCUCAUAUUCUCUCCUCUGUUGCAUCGGUCUAAGGUCAGAUCAUGCACUUGCUACUGUUCACAAUAGUUGAAACUGACCUUGGCCUUCUUUUCACCUUUUUUGGUCUGUAUACAAUACUAACUGGUGCUAUAUUUAGGAUUCAGGAUUUAGCUGUUUGUCUGCGUUGCUUCAUCCAGUUAAUGUCAAACUCUGUUAGGCCUCUGCUGUGUAACUGGUGAUAGUUAUUUGCUAUCGUAUGAAUUUCAUUGGAGAAAAUGCAAGUGGCCCCUAAAGCUACUAAAAGGGAAGCCUGUGGGCCAACAACUGCAAACUUCUACCUGCAUAGUCCCCAAAGGCGAGAAGAUUGGCAUGAUUUCAUUCUUUUCUUUUUUUUCUCCCAAAUACUUCAAACUUUUUUUU